AUGUCUACGGCCAUCACCACCAAAAUACCGCUACGAAGUCUAAGAUCCCAGGUCUCAACUUCUUCUCCCUGGACUUCGAUUGCUGUUCAGAGACGGCGCUUCUUCUUCAAUUCGUUCUGGCGAUCACCUAAGCCGGCUGAGCAUGCUGAUUGGAGCCCCGCUACCCAUGGUCCCUUCCGGCCAACCAAACAACAGGAACAGCUACAGCAACAACAAGAGCUGCGACAGUCGAACGAGCAAGAACUUCUCAUUCAUGAUGAACAAUGCAUUGGCCAGAUUGAUGGUAGCCCGACGAAGAGGAUUGCUGUGAACAUCGAUGGGGAUUCCAAGGUGUUCGACGCUGUGUUCCUCCGUGACAGCUGCACGUGUACGCAAUGCAUGGACCCUGACAGCAAAAAUAAGCGCUUUCAGACUUCAGAUAUACCGGAGGAUUUAGAGGGCAGCUGUAAGACUGUCCUUGACGAGGAAAAGGGGACGUGUAUCGAGCUCCAAUGGAAGACAGAUGUCAAAGGCUUUGGUCCGGAGCAUCGCACACGGCACUCUAUCGACUGGCUACGACGCUCGUUCAACACUGAAAUUGAGUUACGUGGUGGAGUGCGACACGAUGACAGGGUGUUCUGGGACAAGAAUAGGAUCGUCAAAGACAAUAAAUGGAUCGACUACGAUGCCUACAUGUCCCAAGACGAAACUCUCUUCGAAGCACUCACCCACCUUAACAGAUAUGGCCUCCUCUUCAUCAAGAACGUACCCGAAUCCGAGGAAUCUGUCGUCUCCCUCGCCUCCCGUAUCGGUACGCUCAAAGACACUUUCUACGGCCGUACAUGGGACGUCCGCUCCAAACCCAAGGCCAAGAACAUAGCCUACACGCCCGACUAUCUCGGUCUACACAUGGAUCUCCUAUACACAUCGAACCCACCUCAUCUGCAACUCCUUCACUCCCUCCGAGCCCGAACACCAGGUGGCGAAUCGUUCUUUUCGGACUCCUUCGCCGCAGCACACCAACUCCGCCGACAAUCCGAAGGCCACUUCAGGACCCUGUGUACCUUCCCCGUGACAUACCACUACCACCACUCAACCUACCACUACCACUUCACACGACCAGUGAUUGAGACAUUCUCCUACCCCAACUACAGCGACCCCACCAACCUCGCCAUUCGCCGCAUAAACUGGUCUCCACCCUUCCAGGGCCCAUUCGAGGCGCGUAUUGGCAGCGGCAAUUCCACUUCGCUUCGUUCAUUCAUUGCUGCCUCACAUGCGUAUGAGAAGCUGCUUAGUGCGGAAGAGAAUCUCUACGAGUACAGGCUGAAUGAGGGCGAGUGUGUUAUCUUCGAUAAUAGGAGGGUGUUGCAUGCCAGGAAGGCUUUUGACGCUACAAAGGGCGAGCGAUGGCUCAAGGGCGCAUAUGUAGAUGAUGAUGUCUUCUUUAGCAAGCUGAGGGUCCUGGAGGAGAAGUUCGAGGGCAAGUGGGUGGCUGAUGGUGUGGUUCGGCAUGCUGUAAAAUAG